AUGGAGACAGAAGUGAGAGGAAAUGCUGCUCAGCCUGUGGCCGCGUCUAAUGACAGCGACAGGAUCGACCCCUACGGCUUCGAGAGACGCCACGAUUUUGAAUCCUACAAGGAGAUGAUGAACGAGUACGUGGCCGUCCUCAACAGAAGGUCGAUGAGAUGGUCGAAGCUGCUUCAGGAGAAACCUCAGGUGGAGAAGAACGUGACAGUAAAGAGAUACGUGCGUAAAGGUGUGCCUAACGAGCACCGGGCCAGGAUCUGGAUGGAAGCUAGUGGAGCUCAGGAGCACCUGGAGAGGAACCCGGGUUAUUACCAGUCCCUGCUGGCCAUGGAGCAUGAUGGGAAGCUGAAGGAAACCAUUCACACAGACAUGCACAGGACCUUUCCUGAUAACAUCCUCUUCCAGAACAGAGGCGAGCCGAGCCUGCAGAAGUCUCUGUACAACGUGCUGCUGGCCUACGGACACCACAACCUCACCGUGGGUUACUGCCAGGGGAUGAACUUCAUCGCAGGCUACCUCAUCAUCAUCACCAAAGAUGAAGAGAAAGCCUUCUGGCUCAUGGACGCAUUGUUGGGCAGAAUACUUCCAGACUACUACAGCCCGGCCAUGAUGGGGCUGAAGACUGACCAGGAGGUCCUGGGGGAGCUGGUGAAGACCAAAGCUCCUGCAGUAGGACAGCUGAUGGCUCAGUAUCCCGGCAUAUGGACGCUGGUGGUGUCACGCUGGUUCAUCUGCCUCUACAUCGACAUACUGCCGAUUGAGACCGUCCUGCGGGUCUGGGAUUGUCUCUUCUACGAGGGCUCCAAGGUCCUUUUCCGUGUUGCUCUGACUCUCAUCAUUCACCACCAGACGGAGAUCCUGAGAGCUCGGUCUUUGCCUGAUGUCUGUGAGUGCUUCAAGCAGAUCACCUGUGGAGCUUUCACUCUGGACUGCCACACCUUCAUGCAGAAGAUCUUUACAGAACCUGGGAGCCUGUCGAUGACAACCAUUGAUAAGCUGAGAGAAAAAUGCAGACAACAAAUCCUGAAGGAGGAAUCAGGUCAGGAUCCAGCGCCUCCUGUCUGAGUGGAUUCUUUAAAACUAACGACUUUCAGGCAGUAAAGAAAAACAUUUUUCUAUGGAGACGUAUCACUGAAUGGAAACGCUGCUGGCUGGAUGUAAAAGAUGAAGGCUUGCUAAAGUUUUUGAGCCUUUUCUGUUGCUUCUGUUUCUCACAGUAACUUUGCUGCUAUAGAUACAGGAAGUGCGUUAGUAUUUAAGUCUGUAAUGUUUUUUAAUCACACGCACUUUAGUCAUCGGAAUAUGAGAGAGAUCUGGAGAAUAAUCAUUCCUGCUUUGUCACUGUGGUUGAUGUUAACUGUCCUCUGGAAGUAAAAUAGAGCAGCCAGACUUUGGUGUGGUGAUUUACAGAACUCCA